AUGAAAUUACAACGCAUUCAGGCUAAACGCAAGUCUCCUUGGACGGUGUUGGUGGCCUCAAGGCGUCCGUAUGAUCUCGGCUUUUCAUGUCUCCGCGCGUGGCCACGAGUGGACCAACCGGGCGUCUCACGAUACCACCUCUGGGGUCGUCGUCUUGGCGAUGACAAUGCACAUUUCUCUCACCAACCUAGUCUUCUCGUUCUUGCUCAUUCACCUGUGAGGAGGAUGGAUCAAACAAGUGAGUUCAAGGAGUUUCACUUUUGUCAUCUUCCUCGAUGCGAAAAUAAAUUACGGAAAUUAACGCGAGUUCUCUGUUUUACAAUUGUAGGCUGCGCUGGAGUUCCUUCCUUCCUGCCAGGAAUCGAGAAGGCAGUUCAAGGUGAUAUCUUCUGUCUCAUGCCCGGUUGCAGAUAUGCUGCUGUCUCCGUCCUGGAGGCAAAGUCAAUGAACUGGCCAUUCUGCUCCAUAAGUGAAGUUUCCAGUUCACCAUUCUAUCCAUCUACCAAAUCUGCCGCUUUCGCGGCACUCUGGAUCACCUUUGAUGCUGGAAGCCUCCUUCCCGGUCUUCAGUCAAUCACCUCCAACAAUGAGACGACUUUGCGGGACCGAAUUGGCGAUCUUCCGUUCCUACUAGUUCAAAAUCUCUUAUUAAACCCUUCUCCUUCUCCUCCUCCACCUCCUAACUGUACUACGAAAUCUGUUCCACUUCCUCCACGCACACCCUCCCAACCAGGAGUGUGGAGUUCUAUCAAACCAUGGCUUGUCAAAGCGGCCGACAAAAGCUACACUCUUCAUCUUCUUGGUCGACAUUUCACUAGUCGUAAAACAGCCCUUCCAACACUUCUCAUUCUUCCUUUUGCACUUCAAUUAAUUCUCUGUCUUCUACUUGCUUUGGUGUUCCAUCUUCCCGCCUUUUCACCCUCAUCUCAACGACUGUGUCACAUCUACAGCCAAUCUAUGAAUCAUCUCACCCUACUUUCACAGUCUCUUCGCUCCAAAAACAUCGCCUACUUCAAUGGCAGCUGUCUACUUCUGCAUCAUCUCAACAAAAACCCACGAAUGUGUUAUGCUCUGGAGGGUCCCAGCCAACAAACACCCGCGGACGUGCUGAAUUCGUUUGCUGUUGUAGCGCUAGGUUCUCUUAGACACGGCUGCGUCUUCGAAUUUGUUGCCGCUUCAACUGACUACUUUGCUUCAGAACUGAAUCGUCUUCUCAUUUGGUUGGGAUCCUCUGAACCUGCUGGCUGGAAGAUAAAUCGGAAUCUCGCUCUCCUCAUGAGUCGAUUUUUCAUCUCUCACGUUGCCGCAUGGGAAAUCUACGUCCACUUCCUCAUUCACAUCUCCUCCAAUGUCUUCCAUUGGCUUUACUAUGUGUUCGUUACUCUUCACGUUCAAUACUUUCACUUUAUUGUUCUCCUCCUCUCUGAGGCAUUUUUGGAGGCUUAUUUCAACCGUGGUGGCUGGUGGGACAAUCUUGUGGACCUCUUCUCCUCCUCUGUUCGAUUAGCCACAUCCUUAAUAAUCUGCUUCUGCUUGGACCUCCUGGUUCUGGCGACUCUGCAUCUCUCCUGUUUCUACGUCUACACCGUUAGGGUUCAAUUACUAGCUGUUGCUGCAAGUUGGCGAUUGUGCCGAUCGGGUUCGAAGUGGAAUCCUCUACGACAUCGUGUUGACACAAUCCCCCAAAAUGACGACAUUCCACCAGUAGUGGCAAGUGCAGUUCUAAUGCCAGAGGGAAUGAAAGACGAGGAGGAGAGCGUCGAAGCGGCUCCUAUGCCUUCCAGCCAAUUACGACACUUAGAUCGGGUGUUUGUGGCGACGUUUCUUGGAGUUGCGACGGGACUGUGCUUGUUGCCAACAACGGUGGCGUUCUACACCGCAUUUUCUGUGAUAUACAUUACCUUGGUCGGUGUGAAAGCCAUCCUUACCCGCACUGCGUGUACGAUUCUGGCAUUUCCGCUGGGAGCCCUCGUCUCUUGGAGUUUGGAUAGCGCGUCUACCAGAACUAACCUCGUUAUAACAUCGCCGAUUUUGGACUCUGUGCGUGUUCCUUUCCUUUCUAUGGAGGUAAUGGUGUGUGGGUCUCCAUGA